UACGGAGUCAAGUUGUUCAACUCAUUAAAGUCAUCAUCUGUAAUUUCUUCAAACUGAAAAGUCUUCCGUAUUAAAAACCAAAGAGGGUGGACCCAAAUCAGACUAUACUUGGAAAUUCUAAACCCUUGCUUUGAAUUCAAAACAACAACAAAUUCUCAAGUAAUCUUUGAUGUGGAAUACUUGUCUCUCAUCAUUUCAGUUUAAUUUUGACUCCAUCUAAUUGAUAUUCGUUGCAAGAUCUCAGGAUUAUUCCAGGUGAACAAUCUGAACUAUUUGUUGAUAAAGCUCGUUCGCUGAUGUUGAUUCUGAAUCCUAUAACAUAAAGCUCGAGUUUCUGGAGAUGGGUUUGUGUUUUUGAAGUCGAAUCUGACCAGAAACAUGUUCUUUUUGAGGUUUUAACUUGCCCCUUUCAUCUUUAUGAUCCAUUUUGAAUUUGGGUUCAGUGUUCUAUUGCAUUUCACAUUCUAUUAGUACUAUUGUAGAAGUUUACAAGGAUACAUAAAACUAAUGGGGUUUUACAGGAAACCCCGAGGUAAAGAUGCCGCCUUUCGCCGUGUUUUACCUGUGGUUGUGGUUACAAUAUUUGCAGUUCUGUUUGUUAUAUUUCUCCUGAAUACAACAACUCCAGAUUCACAUAGAGAGAUUUGGAGUUCUAAUCGGGUUGGUGAAGUUGAAUUGGUUAAGUAUAACUUGUCUUCUUUUAAUGUUAAGCCAAGGCUACCUCAACAAAACAAAUUGUCUAUUGCAUUACAGAAAAAGAACCAAUUGCCACCAAGAAAUUUAGAUCUUUUCCCAAGUUUGGCUAAAGACCAUACAAUAAUUGUUCUUUAUGUUCAUAAUCGGCCUCAGUAUCUCCAAGUGGUGGUUCAGAGUUUAUCCAAAGUAGAGGGUAUUGGGGAGACUUUAUUGAUAGUUAGUCAUGAUGGGUACUUCGAAGAGAUGAACAAAAUUAUAGAAGGUAUUAGGUUUUGCCAAGUGAAACAGAUAUUUGCUCCGUAUUCGCCACAUUUGUUUCAAGACAGUUUUCCCGGUUCUUCGUCAGGUGACUGCAAAGAUAAAGAUGAUCCGGUGCAGAAAAAUUGCCAAGGAAAUGCAGAUCAGUAUGGGAACCACCGGUCUCCAAAGAUUAUCUCGUUGAAGCAUCACUGGUGGUGGAUGAUGAAUACAGUUUGGGAUUCUUUGGAAGAGAGCCGUCAUCACUCUGGUCAUAUUCUUUUCAUUGAGGAGGACCAUUUUAUAUUUCCUAAUGCAUAUCGAAGUAUUCAGUUACUCACAGCCUUGAAACCAAAGAAAUGCCCCAAUUGCUAUGCUGCAAACUUGGCGCCUUCUGACGUGACAUCAAAGGGGGAACAAUGGGAUGCAAUGAUUGCAGAGAAGAUGAGCAAUGUUGGUUAUGCUUUUAACAGGACUGUUUGGAGGAAAAUCCAUUCCAAGGCAAGAGAUUUUUGCUUCUUUGAUGACUAUAAUUGGGAUAUAACAAUGUGGGCUACCGUUUUUCCUUCUUUUGGCGGUCCAGUUUACUCACUCAGAGGGCCUAGGAGAAGUGCAGCUCACUUUGGGAAAUGUGGGUUACAUCAAGGCCAAGGGGAGAGGAAUGCUUGCAUUGAUAAUGGAGAGGUGAAUGUUGAGCUAGAUGACAUUGAUAAGGUUGUUAACAUCAAACCUGACUGGAAAGUGCACGUGAUCAGGCGUCAAGAAGGGUAUAAAGCUGGGUUCAAGGGUUGGGGGGGAUGGGGAGAUGAUAGGGACCGGCAGCUCUGCUUAGAUUUUUCUUAUAUGUAUCACUAUAGAGAUAGCACUUAGUUCUUCUCUGAUUCAAAAAUUGAAUAGAUGAUUUCCACGAUUUCAUCCAAGUUUUGUAACUCAGGGAAGGUUCAGCAAUGAAAGGUAUUUUAUCUUUAUCGAA